GAAAAUGACAGGGAGUGGAGUCCGACACACAGAAGCAGUUUUCUAGAGAGAGAAACCUCUCACCCAAACCGCCGUGUGUUUCAACCUCAAGGAACAAAUCCGAUCGCAUUUUCACAACAACCGCCGUCGCCAUCUAUGGACCAGGUAAUCCAUCCAUCAAUAUACCAUACCUCCGCCUCUUCUCGCCAUUCCCUCUUUUGGCUAUCAAUUGAAGCUAUCUGCUUGUCAAUGGCUGCGCCUAAUUCAGUGAUAAUAUAAGCUUGAAAGGGCAGGAUAAGAAGUUCAAGUGUGUUGAUUGACUAGUGAUAGUGUUACUUCGGUAGAUGUCGUUCCGUAGCCUAGCUCGUGACUUAAGGGAUAGUAUUGGAAGCUUGUCGAGGCGGAGUUUUGAUGUGAGGCUGCACACUAACCACCGUGGGAAGUCUCAUGGUGCUGUCCAUGAGUUGCACGACCAGCCUGAAGUUAUUCAGACAAGUUGUUGGGCUGGCCUUCCACCUGAACUGCUCUAUGAUGUGAUCAAGAGAUUGGAAGAGAGUGAGAGUACAUGGCCUGCCCGAAAGCAUGUGGUGGCAUGUGGAGCGGUUUGCCGGUCAUGGAGGGAGAUGUGCAAAGAAAUUGUUCAAUGCCCUGAAUUGUCCGGAAAAUUGACCUUUCCAGUAUCCCUCAAGCAGCCAGGGUUUCGAGAUGGAAUGAUCCAGUGUUUCAUUAAGAGAGACAAGUCUAAGUUGACUUACCAACUAUUUCUGUGCCUUAGUCCUGUGUUGCUUGUAGAGAAUGGAAAAUUUCUUCUUUCUGCAAAACGGGUCCGCCGAACUACUUGUACAGAGUAUGUGAUAUCGAUGGAUGCUUAUAGCAUAUCAAGGUCAAACCGCAGCUAUAUUGGUAAAGUCAGGUCCAAUUUUCUUGGAACCAAGUUCAUAAUUUAUGACACACAGCCACCAUACAACAACGCCAACAUCUCCCCACCUGGUCGUACCAGCCGCAGGUUCUACUCAAAGAAAGUUUCGCCAAAAGUCCCCAGUGGAAGUUACAACAUUGCACAAGUCGCAUAUGAGCUUAAUGUGCUUGGCACAAGGGGUCCUCGUAGGAUGCACUGUGCCAUGCACACAAUCCCCAUUUCUUCACUCGAGCCCGGUGGUUCUGUCCCUGGCCAACCCGAGCUACUUCUCCGCCCUCUCGAAGACUCAUUCAGGAGUAUUUCAUUAUCUAAAUCGAUAGCUGGCUCAACUGAGUUCAGCAGUGCUCGAUUUUCAGACAUAGCCGGUCCACACGGGGAAGAAGAUGGUGGAAAGGAUAGAACCUUAGUUCUGAAAAACAAGGCUCCAAGGUGGCACGAACAACUGCAGUGCUGGUGCCUCAACUUCAGAGGAAGGGUAACGGUCGCAUCAGUCAAGAAUUUCCAGCUGAUUGCGGCGACUCCAGCAGCCGCUGGCACCCCAACCCCAUCCCAACCGAACCAGUCUGAUCAAGACAAGAUCAUAUUACAAUUUGGCAAGGUUGGUAAAGAUAUGUUUACGAUGGAUUAUCGACAUCCGUUGUCUGCAUUUCAAGCCUUCGCCAUAUGCUUAAGCAGUUUCGACACAAAAUUGGCAUGUGAAUAGUAGCAGCAGCACAAGAAUUAUGCAUUAGGCUUCUUCUCAUUUUCAUGGCCAGUGUGUAAUUACUGGUUUGCCCUUAUAUAUGAAGUAGUCUUCUCAUUGUUAGUCUGUUUUUCCUUCAAACUCUGCCAGAGUAAGAUGAUUCUGUUGUACUGUACAAUAAUUUUUCUUUUUCUUGACAAUCGAAAACCGCCUUUCGCUUUA